AUGGCAAAGUUGUUUGUAACCCUAACGGUGAUUUCUUCAUUAUUUGUAAUUGUUCAAAUGGGAACAACUACGGCUAGAACUUUGCCUACUACUACUGAUCAUGAUCAAGUAGUAGUGGCAGAUAAUCAGGCUAGCGCGGCCGGUUUUAAUGACCAAAAAACCUUUGGUAUUUUUGCUGGCUCCACCGGGAAUGGCGACGGCAGCAUUCCGGCCAGCGGUGGUCUACCCGGUGUGUUUGGCGGUUCAAUUGGAGGCCUGCCUAGCUUUGGUGGGGACAGUGGUACUUUUGGGACAUUCCCGGGUUUCGGUAAUACUGGAUCCAAUGGUGAUUUCUUCGGAUCUUUUCCUCAACCUUGA